AUGGCAGACGCGAACGGAGGUCUGAGAGAGCGAAAAGGCGCAAAGGACACCAGCGGCCCCAAUGCGACGGUUCACACAAGCAGCAAGGGCACAUUGGCCUCUGACAAGACCGGCUGGAGCGUCCUGGACAUCCUGCGUAUCCUCGGUGGCCUUUUGCUCCUCAACUCCCUCGGGUCAUAUUUCAUCACCAAUGACAGCUUCCUCUGGGGCUACCGGCCUUGGUUCGCGCGACCUAGACUUGUCGCACGCUGGUUCCAGGGACCCGUCAUGCUGACUGACGCCGAGUUGAGCCUGUACAAUGGAAGUGAUCCUGAUCUGCCUGUAUACCUCGCUCUAAACGGGACGAUCUACGACGUGACGGCUGGACGACGAGUGUAUGGGCCAGGCGGCUCCUACAAUGUCUUCGCCGGGAAAGACGCAGCGCGCGGUUUCAUCACGGGUUGCUUCGCGGAAGACUCGACGCCAGACUUGCGAGGGGCGGAGUGGACGUAUGUCCCGAUCGAUGUGCCGGGUUUCGACGAGAAGGUGCAGGCGGAGCAGAAGGUUUAUCGCGAACAAGAGCUACGGAAAGCGCGGAAGAAGGUCAAGGAGACGCUGGAUGGAUGGGCGAGCAUGUUUCAGGGCGAUGGUGGCAAGGAUUACUUUGAGGUUGGCAAGGUGGUAAGGGAGGAGGGUUGGUUGGAAAAGGAGCCACGGAAGGCUUUGUGUGAGCGCGCGGAGAAGGGUAGGCCCAAGCCGAAGCAGGGUGCUAAGGAUGCUGGCGCGGCGUACCGGCCGUCGUAA